ACGCCACUAGCCUGGGUCUGUCCCAGGCAUGAAGAGGAAAGCUAACGCUAUGGGUGCAACUCAGAGCUCUGAUUCAGCCUCCAGACGCAGAGGCAGUUCGGCCGCGGUGCCGUCCACCUCGCUUUCUCAGGAAGAUUUCUUACCUGUUCCUCUGGAGAUCCUGGAGGAGAUCUUCCUGAAUCUUCCUCCUGAUCAGGUGGUUUGCGUUUGCCGGUUAGUGUGCCAUCAAUGGAAGGGGGUGGCUGACAGCGAAUCACUGUGGAGGGAGAGAUGCAGAAGAGAAGGAUAUCGCCUCCGCCAUGCUUCCAGAACACCCAAAGACUGGAGGUUUUUUUACUUCCUGUGCAAAAAGAGAAGAAAUCUUCUCAAGAAUCCAAGAGCAGAACAGAAAAUGAAGAAUUGGCAGAUAUUGGAGAAUGAUCGUGAUAAGUGGAAAGUAGAGGAAGUUAUGGUGCCACAUCCAAACGAGGCAGUCCAGAAAACCUUUGUGACGCCUUCUGGUGGAAUUCGCAUGAAGUCACAGCUGAUUGAUUUGAGGAUGGAAGGUUACAACCCUUCGUUCAUGGAUCGCUUCCAGCCAGACAUCAAAAUAUCUGAUUGGUAUGCACGGCGAUGGGAUUGUGGCACCGAAUACGAACUCCUUGUAGAGCUGCUGAAUAAAAAAAGAAAGCCUAUCAGGACAUUUUCCCCCAUGCAGAUUUACUUUGAGGAGAGGAACGAUCAGCAAUGGAUCGAGAUGACCCAUGUGUUCCAGAACUACGGACCAGGAGUGAGAUACAUCCGUUUUAAUCAUGGAUGCAAGGAGAGACACUUCAGGGCAGCAUGGAUUGGAAUUCAUGUUACAGACAGCUGCAUUGAGAUAUGUCCAGCAAUGGAGACAUAGCUGUUUGGGAUUCAUCUAAUGCCUGCUUCCUGCCUUCACCUGAAACUGCACCUUUUUAUAGCCUGCAGUUAUUUAACAUGUAAAAAGAACAUUUCUGUGUCUGCAAACCUAUAAAUAUGUGCAAUCUUUAUGAAAUGUUACAUUCACCCUAUUUACCGUUCAGUGUUGUUGCAUGACAUCAGCAGAACAGAGAAGUACAGUAACUGACCUCACAGAGAAUAAAAUCCAUCUCCUCAGUAUUACUGACCUGGAGAUGUCUAGAGCUGCAACUAUUAAUAGAUUGUUUUCAAGUAUUAUAUUAUGUGCCAGCUAUUUUGAUAAUGGUUAUGAUUAUAUUUGCUAUUGAUGUCAAGCUGAAUAAAAAUCAAACAUAACUUUUCUUCUCAUUUGA